GUCGCAGGGGCCCUCAUGGGAGCUGGGGAUGUGAUCGCACAGCAGCUGGUGGAGCGGCGGGGGCUGCGUGGGCACCACGGCCCCCGCACCCUGAAAAUGAUGGCCAUUGGCUUCUGCUUCGUGGGCCCCGUUGUGGGCAGCUGGUACAGGAUCCUGGAUCGGCUCAUCCCGGGGAACACAAAAGUCGUGGCUGUCAAGAAGAUGGUUCUGGACCAGGGAGGCUUCGCCCCGUGUUUCCUUGGCUGCUUCCUGGCCAUCACGGGGGCCAUGAACGGGCUGUCAGUGCAGGAUAACUGGUCCAAGAUCCAGCAGGUAUGUGCUGCUGCCCUGGGGUGGAUGGGGGGCCCUGGGGAACCGGGGGGGCCCUGGCAGCUCCUCCCGGUGCGCUGGCCCUGGCGGCUGCUCCCGUUCGUGGCUGUUCCCACUCCCAGGCGCUGGGUCUGAGGGCCCUGCGGGCAU